GGGGGAGCGGGAUCAGGAAUGGCGGUGUCCGUGUGGCCCCACGUGGGGGCGGCGGCCUGAGCGGCUCUGCGGGGCCGGGGGCCGCGGGGUAGCCGCCCAUGCGGAGCGGCAGCGGCGCGGGAGGGUGCGGGGGCGGUCAGGAUGGCGCUGGUGCCCCUGCGGCCCGGCAGAGCCGCCGGCCGCCUCCUGCCGGUGUUCUGCGGGGGGACCAGGAGCAAGGGAGCCUCGCUGAGCCCUGGGGUGCCGGGCCGCCUCGGCCAGCGGCGCUACAAGAAGGACGUGCUGCCCUCCCCCGAGGGACCUGCGCCCUCCGUCUCCAUCACCGAGAUCCGGCAGUACCUGCGGGCUCACGACAUCCCUUUCCACGACGGGUACAGCUGCCUGCACACCCCCAGCCUCUUCACCGCCGGCCACGCGGAUCAGCCGCCGCAGACAGCCGGCAGUGCCCCGUACACGCUUUUCAUUGACAAGACCACGGGCAGCUUCCUGUGCACGGCCACCCUGGCCGAGGGCACCUGGCAGGACUUCCAGGCCAACGUGGAGCUGCGGCACCAUGGUAUUCCCCCCGCCAGCUCGGAGGAGAUGGAGGAGGACAUGCGUCAGGCUAGCGAAGAUGCCCGCUGCAUCUGGGACCGGGCUCUGCCGCUCUGGGAGCUGCUGGAUGAGGAGGAGACCAACAAGACCAAGGCCAUGUUUGGUAUCUCCCUGGUGUCAAAUGCCACCCUGAAACGCUUCGGGGUGCGUUAUCUGAGGACUGCCAAGUCCCUGGUCUUCCCCUGGUUCAGCCCCCGCAAUGCAACCCUGAAGGGCCUGAAGCUUGUGAGGGUGGAGAAAAAGGGGAACACAAUAUCUUACCUGGAAGAGACUUUACCCCGCAUCGAUUCCUAUCACAAUCUUUUUGGGCUGCCCCUGAUCGGCUGCCGAGACACAGAGCUGGUCUUAACUGGGUGGGAGCUGGAUGCUCUGGCCCUGCACCAAGCUGCAGGGGUGGCCAGCCUGGCCCUGCCACGGGGGACCACCUGCCUGCCUCCCACCCUCCUCCCCUACCUGGAGCAGUUCAAGCGCAUCACCCUGUGGCUCGGUGAGGACCUGCGCUCCUGGGAAGCUGCCAAGCUCUUUGCCCGCAAGCUGAGCCUCAAGCGCUGCUCCCUGGUGCGCCCUGGGAACCUGCAGCCCCGGCCCUUGGAGGCUCUGAACCAGGGCCUGAACUUCACCAAGAUCCUGCGUGCUGCCCUGCCCGCCAGCCACAAAUCCAUCAUCUCCUUCCGGCAGCUGCGUGAGGAAGUGUUUGGGGAGCUAGCCAACACCGAGCAGGUGGCUGGCAUCAAGUGGGCGCGCUUCCCUGAGCUCAACAAGCUCCUCAAAGGGCACCGCAAAGGGGAGCUUACCGUCUUCACAGGCCCAACGGGCAGUGGGAAGACCACCUUUAUCAGUGAGUACGCGCUGGACCUGUGCAUGCAGGGAGUGUGCACGCUGUGGGGCAGCUUUGAGAUCAACAACGUCCGCCUAGCCAAGAUCAUGCUGACGCAGUUUGCGGGUCGGCGCCUGGAGGACCAGCUGGAGCUGUAUGAUGAGUGGGCCGAUCGCUUUGAGGACCUCCCGCUCUACUUCAUGACCUUCCAUGGCCAGCAGAACAUCAAGACGGUGAUUGACACCAUGCAGCAUGCCGUCUACAUGUACGACAUCACCCACGUGAUCAUCGACAACCUCCAGUUCAUGAUGGGACAGGACCACCUCUCUGUGGACAGGCUCAUUGCCCAGGACUACGUUGUUGGUGCCUUCCGCAAGUUUGCCACGGACAACAACUGCCACAUCACCCUGGUCAUCCAUCCCCGCAAGGAGGAUGACGAGAAGGAGCUGCAGACAGCCUCCAUCUUUGGCUCUGCCAAGGCCAGCCAGGAGGCCGACAACGUCCUCAUCCUGCAGGAGCGUAAGCUGACGUCAGGGCCAGGGAAGCGCUUCCUGCAGGUGUCCAAGAAUCGCUUUGAUGGGGAUGUGGGCAUCUUCCCUCUGGAGUUCAGCAAGGCCUCACUCACUUUCUCGUCCUCCAAAAGCAAGUCCAGGCUGAAGAAGGUGAAGGAGGAGAAGGAGCUUUUAGCCAAGAAAGCUCUGGAGGGAGGCGUAGGAGCCUCCAAGAAGCCAUGAGCCCAUCAGGUCUCGUCCUCUGUUUGUCUGGAGGGAUGGGGACUAGUGCUGGCAGCACAGGGCUGGAGUAUGCCAGCUCCUCUCCCUGGGAGCAGCAGCCACGUGCCACUGUGGCCCCUCUUCCUGCAUGAACCAACCUCUUGGCCACCAGCACAGUGUCUCUGAGUACCACUGUGAGAGGAGGAGUGGGCUAAUCCUAGAAAAGAGUGACCUGGGGAAGGUGCUUUGACAAACACUGGCUGCUCCAUACUGGUGCUAAGUGCUGGGAGCAUGGUGGGAAUGGAGUCAGCCUAGGCUGGAUGAUGGUGGACAUCACCUGUGGCCCAGGGACUUGGGUAUCUCUGGACUUGUGAAAGUCAUUACAUUGUGGCUAAAAUGGAGCCGAAAUCAUGAGUUGUUGCUAAGUGGGAGGGACUGAGGGGGGCAACUGUAGAGGGACACGUGCUGGAAAAACCUCCAUCAUGAGUGGGGUCUGAGGGCUCAGUCCUGGCUGGGAUGGAGUCAGUGAGGGAAAGAUGGUGAAGUGUGGGAGAUUGUGGAUGGCUCAUGCCCUGGAAUUGUGUGCUCUUGGUGGGACAUGGUGGGAGUGGGUGCGAUGUGGCGCUCUCCAGCUCUGCCCCCUCGGAUGGCACCUGACCUGGCUCCCUUUGCUCAGGGUCUCCCAAGCCCCAUUCUCCGGGCAUCACCAGCAAUAAAACCUUGCAGGGAGCAGCCCUGCCUUGCUCUGCUGCACUGGGGGAGCUGCCACCCCCCUGCCCUCUGGGCCGCAGGCAGCAAAUACUGUGACCUGGCCAGUCCUUGCCUUGGUAGGAUGAGUCCACAGCUGGAUCUUGGUCUAAUCCCUUCAAUUUUUUUUCCCCUUCCUAUUUUUAUUAAAGAAUAAAU